AUGGCCGACCUCGCGAAGACUGACAGCAGCCGUGCCGCCGACGCUCCAGCUGAUGUAGCUAUCACCAAGCCGCCGACGCCUUUCAGCCGUGGUUCACUCCAGUCCGAGCCGAUGCAAGAUUUUGUCGAGGUUGAUGGCACCACGACUUUUGCAGCUCCGCCAGCUCCGACGUAUCGCUACAAACUUUCUCUGAAGAGUGAGAAGCUGCGCAUCUGGCUGGAGGACUGUAAAACCAAGCAGCAAUGGGACUGCGCCAAGCGGCAGAUGAAGGCGUUGAGGAGUGAAGCGCUCAAGCACAUGCUGUACAUGGACAUCAGCUGGUACGACGAGAACGACGCACUGCAGUUGUCCAGCCGGCUGACGGGCGACACGGUGAGGAUCAUGGACGGCAUGGGCCAGAAGCUCGGCGACGCGUUCCGGUUCACGAUUCAGUUCUGCGUGGGGUUUAUCAUCGGUUUUGCCCGCGGCUGGGAUAUCACACUGGUUAUGGCGUGUGUGAUGCCGGCGAUGACUGUGUCCUUGAGCUGGCUGAUCAAGACGAUGCGCAUCAAGUCGGACUGGGCGCAGAAGGUGUACGUGGAGGCUGGUUCAGUGGCCGAGGAGACGCUCGGAUCAAUUCGAAUUGUUGCCUCAUUGAACGGGGAACACAGAGCUAUUGCGAAGUUUGAGAGCAAGGUGUUUGAGGCGGAGAAGGAGAAUAUCACUUUGCACAAGAUGACGUCGGUGGUGUUCCCCAAGUUCGUGGCGAGCAUUUGGGUCAUGUACUCCAUUGGUUUGUGGUACGGCGGGUGGAAGGCCUCGAAAGGCAAUGCCGCUCCGGGCGACGUCUUCGCGGCGUUCUUCGGCGUGCUGAUGGGGGCUAGCUCUCUCGCUCAGAUCUCACCCAAUGUGACUGCUGUCUCCAAGGCGGCGGGUGCUGCCGAGGAACUGUUCGCGAUCCUGGACACUGCGAGUGCUAUCGAUGCAGAAAAGGAGGACGAAGGAGUCAUUCCUGACACGUGUGAAGGCAAGAUCGAAGCGGUGAACGUCAACUUCACGUACCGGAGCCGCCCCGAAGCUCCAAUUCUGCGUGACUACAAUGUCACCAUUGACCCUGGCAUUCGCUGCGGCACCAUCUACCUCGUCGGACGGGAUGUGAAGACGCUGAACGUCAAGUGGCUGCGCUCGCAGAUCGGCAUGGUGUCGCAGGAGCCGGUGCUGCUGUUCGCCACGACCAUCUUUGAGAACAUCGCCAUGGGCGGCGACAGCGUGACACGCGAAGAGACCAUCGAGGCGUGCAAGCUGUCGAACGCGCACAACUUCAUCAUGUCGUUGCCGGAGCAGUACGACACACUGGUGGGCGAGAAAGGAGUGUCUCUUUCUGGCGGCCAGAAGCAGCGAGUCGCCAUCGCGGGUGCCAUCGUCCACAAGCCGAACAUUUUGGUGCUGGACGAGGCCACGAGCGCGCUGGAUAACGAGAGCGAGAAGAUCGUGCAGGCUGCGCUGAACAACCUGAUGGCUACGAUGAAUAUGACCACACUCGUGAUCGUUCACCGAUUGAGCACCAUCCGCCACGCCGACAAGAUCGUGGUGCUGAACGAGGGCCACAUUAUGGAGAGUGGCACACACGACGAGCUUUUGAAGAUUGAGCACGGCAUCUACCAGAACAUGUACCGCGUCCAGGAGCUACGAUCGCAGGAGGAGCAGUACGAAGUCAAGAAGUGCAACUCAGAAAACGAACAGAGAAACACGAAGCUGACGCAUACAUUGAGCGGAGUAUCGGCUAUGACGGAUAUAUCGGUGAGCGCUGUGGAGAAGAACUUCUUGGACAAGAAGCCGUUCGGCUUUAUGGAUAUGCUCAAGCUCAACCGACUUGAGGCGAACUACUUCAUCAUCGGCUUCCUUGGCUCCAGCGAGGCUGGCAUUGCCAUGCCGGUGUCCGCUCUUCUGGUUUCGGGUAUGAUCACUUCAAUGACUGAGCAGUACGGAGAGUACCAGAGCUCCGGUGACAGUUCUCACCUUACGAAACUGUACAACGACAUGGAGCUGUACGGCAUUCUCUACCUCGUCGGUGCUAUUGUGGUUGCCAUCUUUUCGUUCAUGCAAAUUUACUGCUUCAAGUUCAUGGAGGAGAAGAUCACCACGCGCCUUCGUAACGUCAACUUCAGGGGCUUGUGCCGUCAGAAUGUGGGCAUCUUCGACGAGAAGGUGAACGCCACAGGUGCGCUGACUGCUGACCUCGCCACAAAUGCCACCAAGGUUUCCCUACUCGCCGGUGAGUCGCAGUCCCGUGCGUUUCAGGCUCUUUUCACUUUGAUCGCGGCUCUCGUGGUCUCAUUCGGAUUCGGCAGUUGGCUGUUGUCCCUCAUCAUGACGGCGUUGAUCCCGCUCCUGCUCUUGGGCCAAGUUGCUCGCUUGAAGCAGAUGGGGAGCAGUGGCUUGAUCUCCGAUGACUUGGCUGCCCCCGGAUCCCACGCGUCCGAAGUCCUCAGUAAUAUCCGCACCGUGGCCGCUUUGGGUAUCGAGAAGAAAGCCGUCGGUGUCUUCGACGACCUCCAGGCCGAGCCGCUGCGCAAGGGCCGCAAGGAGGCGCAGGUCAAUGGUCUGUCGCUGGGAUUCAGCUCCUUCAUCCUCAUGGCGACGUUCUCGCUGAUCUUCUGGUUUGGCGCCAGGAAGGUGAACGACGGAAGCAUCGAAUUUACGGAGAUGAUGCGGACGCUGAUGGCCGUCACGAUGUCGAUCCAAAACAUUAGCAAUGCGUCGACCUUCUUGAGCGAUGCACCCAAGGCGUUCAAGGCCGGAUCGACUAUGUUCGCUAUCCGCGACCGUGUCGCCCCCAUCGAUUCUUUCUGCUCCGAUGGUCUCCGUCCAGCCAAGGUUAACAUCUCGUUCCGAUACCCCACCCGUCCGGAGAUCAACGUGCUCAAGAACUACAACCUCGCUAUUGAGCCUGGUCAGACUGUGGCGUUCUGUGGUCCGAGCGGUGGAGGCAACACCCGGUUCUACGACCCCGUGGUGGGUGACGUGCUGCUGGACGGCCACAACAUCAAGGACCUGAACCUCAACUGGCUGCGCAGACAGAUCGGUCUGGUGGGCCAGGAGCCCACGCUCUUCAUCGGCACCAUCGCCGAGAACAUCGGGUACGGUCUGGCAGAGCAGCCGAGUCAGCAGGAGAUCGAGGAGGCUGCCAAGAUGGCCAACGCGCACGACUUCAUCACGCAGUUCCCGGACGGCUACGAGACGCAGGUGGGCAUGAAGGGCGAGCAGUUGUCCGGCGGCCAGAAGCAGCGCAUCGCCAUCGCGCGUGCGAUCCUGAAGAACCCCAACAUCUUGCUGCUGGAUGAGGCCACGAGCGCUUUGGACUCGGAGAGCGAGAAGGUGGUGCAGGAGGCACUGGACAAGGUGGUGGCGCUGAAGCGGCGCACGACGAUCAUCAUCGCGCAUCGGUUGUCGACGAUCCGCAAGGCGGACAAUAUCUGCGUGUCUUCAUUUAUCCUUCGAAGGCACAAGGUGCUCGGAACCGGUGCAGGUUCCAUUAGGGUUAUGAGCCCUAGGCACGCUGCCGGCGGCAGCUACUCGGGGAUGUCGAACCCCCUGAAGUACACGAACGAAGGGGUGCCGAAGAACUGGAGCGACAAGGAUUGGCAGACGUACAAGUGGGCCAUGAUGAACAUGUUCAAGGAGAACAAGCUCAAGGAGAUCGCGGUCGGAGACCUGACCAGGGCGAUGCUCGCGACUGCGAGUGCGGAGAGGCUGGAGGCUUUUGACGCAGCGCAGCUCAAGAUCAUGCGCAUGGUGGGUACGUCCGUGCCGCCGGACGUUCUUCAGCAGAUACGCGACAAGGAGACCGGAUCGGAGAUGUGGGCGGAGCUCUGCAACCUGUACGAGGGCAAGCAGAAUGAAGCCAUCAAGGCCUACACGAUUCGUCGCGGGGAGAACGAGAUGUGGAGCAUGAAGCUGACGCCUGGAGGAGACAAGAACCUCCAUCUUUGCAGGAUGUUCAACUUCAAGACCGAGUUGGCGGACUUGCAGCAUGUUAUUGCCGAUAAUACAAUGGUGGAUAUGCUGCUUGAGAGUUUGCCGGACCAGAUUGAGUUUGAGCGGUUGAAGUCUUCCAUUUACUACGGCGCGGACCCGAGCGUGUCCACACACAGAAGCGGGUUCGAGAAUUGA